CUAGCGCUUUGUUGAAAGGAUCUUAUUGUCAAACGGUGAUGGCGAAAUUGAGACGUCUUCUUGUGAUUUGUGUGAUUUGCCUAAUAGGAGUAGAUGCUUCCUGCACAUACGGAUCACGCACAUAUAAAGAAGGCGAACGUGUACCAUCCAAAGACGUAUGCCUUAUUUGCACGUGCUCCAACGGCAAGAUAGUGUGUGACCGGAUGUACUGCCUGAUGUGCGUAGGCUACACACCACCAGGCCAGUGUUGCCCAAUCUGCGGAUCGAUAGCAGAGUAACAUGUAUUAAUGUGAAAAUAUAAUAAACAUGUUAUAUUUG